AUGGAGUGGCUAAACCUCUCCCUUCCCCGUCAUAGUAGCAGCGAUGUUUUUAUGAAGACUUACCGAGAUAAAGAAAAGUAUAACCACAUCAACGAAGUCAUGCAUAACAUCGACUUUGAAGGAGUUACUGGUCGUCAGCAAUACAUAUCCAAUUUAACGUUGGGUGCAAAAAUAGAUUAUCAAAUAAAUCAAAUUAAAAAUGGGACAGAUCAUAUUAUUGGUUACUACUUUUCAUCAAAUAAUACGUUAAAAAUUUACGAUGAUGUAACGAUCUUUAAAGAUAAUAUCAUACCACGUGACCAUAUGUUGACAGUAUCGACAGUGAUGACGUAUAACGCAUGGAUUGUGAAAACAAUUUGGAUUUUAACAUCUUGUGCUAUCUUGCUUGCCAUCUUUUUGUUUUACUUAAACAAUCGAUACAAGCAUAAAAGGAUUAUCAAGAUGUCUUCUCCUGACAUCAACAAUCUCAUCAUUAUUGGUUGUAUUAUGUGUUAUGUUGCUGCCAUUUUGUAUGGUAUGGAUUUAAAAUAUCUGCCACAAGUUGCAAUAAGAAGAAUGUGCAAUCGCCGUAUUUCGAACACUUGCUUGUCAUUUCAGGUUAACACAGUCCUGUUAUCAGUUGGUUUUACUUUAUCGUUUGGUGGAUUGUUCAGCAAGACAUGGCGAGUGUAUAGGAUAUACUCUGGAGCUAUGGAGAACAAAAAAGUGGUAAGGAAAACAUUUGUACUACGCGAUUACCAUUUAUAUUGCAUUAUAUUUUUUAUCCUUUCUAUUGAUGUUUUGGUAUUGGUUUCAUUUCUCUUUCUUUCUCCUUUUGAGUUACAAGAAUGGGCCGUCAAAGAGCAAGUAAGUGUUCUUACUGUAAAAUAUCUAUCACAUCGAAAUUAUCUUGACUUUGAAAAAGAUAUUCGUUACAUCUUCAUUCGUCAUCAUUGUAAUUGUAAAAACCGAGUCGCCCUUGUGUCAACCUUAUUCUCAUAUAAAGCAUUGUUGCUCGCGUUCGGUUUGUUCAUGGCUUGGGAAACACGGAAAGUCGAUAUGUGUAUCUUGAACGACUCAAAACAGAUAGGAAUAUCUGUAUACACCGUGUCUGUUGUGGCAACAGUUGGAACGAUUUGCGCAUUGGCAUUAAACACGAAUGUUAAUCGCAUCGAAGAAAAUUAUUUCAUUGUUGCAUUAAGCAUAUGGUUAUGUUCUACGAUCACACUGUUGUUGGUUUUUGUACCUAAAGUAUGUACGCUACGUUGCCAUGCAUACUGUCAUCAAAAAAAGAAAUGUAACAUUUUGUUUGGUUUUCAUGAAUGUAUUUCAUUAAAAGGUCAUGCAACCAUAACGUACACGACCGAAAAUACAAGGAGAGAGGAUAGGGAGACUUCGCAUCAUCUCUUUUUGACAGCAGCAAAAAUAUCAAUUGAUCACAUGAAUAUAUUUAAAUCUUUCUUGGUCAUGAUUUUCACAAAUUUUAGAUUUUUAACUAUUCUGGAGCUGUGCACAGAAUGGAAUGGGAUCAAGAAAGCUUCGUUGGGAAUUCUGAUAAAUUUACUAUUUAAUAAAAAUGGUAACCGAAGGAAGCAGAGCGUCGCUAGUUAUUCAUUUGUAAGUAAUGCUUAUCAACAUGUGUUUAACACAAAAAUUGCCGUGGAGAGAGGGAACGGGUGCACUCUACUAAUUGUAGGUGACCAAAAAAAAAAUUUCAAAUCAACAUAUGUUAGUGCGUGGUAA